AUGACAGCUGUCAAAACACCAGCCUUAGGGCUCCGAAGCAUCCUCAGUUUAUUGGUGAUAUUAGUGGAGGGGUGGCAUGAUUUAGAUAACAAAGACUAUGACUGUUGGCCCCUGGAAAAACCAGAUGAGUAUAACAUGCUGGACUGUGGAGGCCUGGAGAUGGCAUGGGUGCAAAGGCCUCCAGAAAAGGCUGUGAGUGGGGAAUUCUUCAAUGUGACCUAUGCAGUCUUUGCUUCAGACGGCUUUUAUCAAUAUGCAGUGCAAAAUGGAAUCCUUUCUCACAGCAUAAUUAGCAAUGCUACUGCUGCAAAGAAAUUCUGCGAGGAGCAUGAAUGCCCUGCCAGCUGGAAAGAUGCGAAUGGGGAGAACUGCUGUGUCUACCAUGCCAACAUUCACUCCUGUCCUUUAGCCUUCAUGGGUAGAGGAGGAAUAUGUGGUCCAUGGAUCCCAGAUGAUGGCCAGAUAUUUACUCAUACUUUGUCUACAGCUGGCAAAAUGAGCCAAAGAAACUGGACUGCCAAGGUGGUUUUAGUUCAUGUGGGUGUGACUUCUCUCAUUGCACACAUCAGAGUUGGAAGAAUGCAAGUUGCUCUGGAGGCAAAAACCACAGUCCUUCCUGCAGUAGUCUGUGGAGAUGGCUUUUGUGAGGAAGAAGAAGGCUGCUCUAUCUGUCCGGCAGAUUGUGGGGAAUGCCCACUGUCUGCUGAUGCUAGGAUAGCAAUUGCCUUACCAAUAUGUUUAGUCUGCACUGGCUUCAUUUUGACAGUCAUAUGGUUUCAAUAUCAGAAACAAAAGAUGUUUUGGGAUGAAAGCUGGAUUAUAGACUUCACCUGCAUCAAACAAGAUCGCAUAGUAUGGACAGCAACAGGAAGCAUGAUGAGUGCUCCCCCAGCACCCAGUGACUCCAGUGCCAGCUGCAUCACUGCUCUGAGCUCCUGCACAGCAGCUGCUAACGUGUCCAGGAAACAGCACUUCACCCAGACUGGGAGAUACGAUGGUAGAACAGUGGCCAUAAAGAAAAUAAUGAAGAAGGCAUUCACGCUGUCCAAAUCCAUACGUAAAGAAGUAAAGCAAGUAAGGGAACUUGACCAUCCCAAUCUCUGCAAAUUCAUUGGAGGUUGUAUAGAGGUUCCAAAUGUUGCCAUUGUGACAGAGUACUGCCCCAAAGGCAGCCUGUGUGAUGUUCUGCUCAAUGAAGACAUUCCUCUGAACUGGGGCUUCAGGUUUUCAUUUGCUACUGAUAUUGCGCAAGGAAUGGCCUAUCUUCACCACCACAAAAUGUAUCAUGGACGGUUGAAGUCUAGUAACUGUGUGAUAGAUGACCGAUGGGUUUGUAAAAUUGCAGAUUAUGGCUUGCAGUCAUACAGAAAAGAAGAUUCUCUUGAAGGAUCAAGCUCUUACCAGCAGCACUUGAAACAGAUUUACACAUCUCCUGAAAUCCAUUCCCUUUCAGACUUUGAACCCAAUUCUACAACAGACAUCUACAGUUAUGGCAUCAUUUUACUAGAAAUUGCCACAAGAAGUGACCCUAUGCCAAAUGAUGAUGUGCAUUCAGCUGAAUGUUCCUGGUGCCCACCUUUGGCAGAACUAAUUUCAGGGAAGGCUGAGAAUUCUUGCCCAUGUCCCACAGAAUACAUAGAGUUAAUCAGAAGGUGCAGAAAAAAUAAUCCAGCCCAAAGACCUACAUUUGAACAAGUCAAGAAAAUGUUGUACAAGAUGAAUCCUAAUAAAGUUAGCCCUGUCGACAUGAUGAUGACUCUGAUGGAGAAAUAUAGCAAACAUCUGGAGAUAAUGGUUUCUGAGAGAACCCAGGAUUUAAUGCAUGAAAAACAGAAGACUGAUCGUCUGUUGUAUAGUAUGUUGCCGAAGCAAGUAGCAGAUGAUCUCAGGCAGGGAAAACAUGCACAAGCUCAAAGUUACUUAAGUGCCACCAUCUUUUUCAGUGACAUUGUUGGCUUCACUCAGCUGUCCAGCAGCAGCACACCUUACCAAGUGGUAGAUCUCUUGAACAAGCUUUAUACUGCUUUUGAUGAAAUCAUAGAUAACUAUGAUGUCUAUAAGGUGGAGACAAUAGGAGAUGCCUAUAUGGUGGUGUCGGGAGUACCCAAAGAGAAUGGGAUCCUUCAUGCCAGUGAGAUCGCAAGCAUGGCUUUAGACCUUCUGGAUGUCUGCAAGACUUUUAAAAUCCCACACAAGCCCAACACUCUCCUAAAGAUAAGAGCAGGAAUCCACUCAGGGGCAGUUGUAGCUGGAGUUGUUGGGACCAAAAUGCCACGGUAUUGUUUAUUUGGAGAUACUGUGAACACAGCUUCCAGGAUGGAAUCUACCAGUGAAGCUCUUAAAAUACAGUGCAGUUCAAGUGCAUACCAGCUGUUGGAGCAGAUCGGAGAGUAUGUGUUAGUAUGCCGUGGGAAUUUACAAGUCAAGGGGAAAGGAGACAUGGUAACAUACUGGCUUGAAGGUAAGAAAGCCUCUGCCACCCAGAAGAAAGUCACCAGCACUUCUGUGACUCUUCAAGACCCCAGCAGAGCCUCACUUAGUUUGAUUCCAGGUGUCCUCCCCAGUGAUCUUCCCCCAAGUACUGCUUACUAGCCACUCACUAACUCCAGCAUC